AUGGCAAAGUUUCCAUUCUUUAUUUGGCUGAUUGCCCUUCUUUUAAUAUCUGUCAGUUAUGAUGUGUCUGCUUCUGUAGUCCCUGAUGAUCGCUACGAAGAGUUUGUAUUUCCUGAUCGAGAAAGCGAUGAUAGAUAUGACGAAGAAGAUGAAGAAAUAGAUGAAAUAAUUGAUGCAAAACGCGUUAAUCAGCGACUUGAACCAAUUGCACCAGAAAAGGUCGAUUACAACUUAUUUGAUGAGAAAGCUGCCGAUAUUCUUAUUGGCGAGGCCGAAAAAGCUAGUACCAAGAUUGACAUCAUUCUGACUAAUGAAAAAAACCAUGGUAGUAAUGGUGGAAACAAUGGAGGCUCCAAUGGUGGUAGAUUUCAAUGCCCUUCAUUUAGUCAAAUACGCCAGGGAUAUUUACUAGUCAAACAAAACUUCACCGCCAUACGAAAAGCCAUUGCUGCCGUAAAAAAGGCCAAGGGCGAGUCUUUCAUUCGAUACAAAGUCUAUCACAACUUAGCAGCGCGAUUCUGCGCAAACAGUAAUACUACAAUGUGCAGUUAUGUUAAGACCUCUCAGAAUGCCGAAAAUACUAAAUACACUAAUGCUACCGCCGGUAUUUUGGCUCAGAAGAAAAGACUAUUUCAGUACGCUAUGAAAAUAAUGGCUAUUGCUAGACGUUUUGCAAGAUGCUUUAGGCGACAGUAA